GAGUCCCGGGCACGAACACCGCCGGAUAUCACUACCCCUGACCAACACACAGCCGAGUUCCAGGCCAACUUGCCCGACACGGCCAUCACUGGCGUGGAUGCUCAAGAGGUCGUCGUCAUGGAGGCCGUCAUGUUUGACUACUUUGUCGGCAACGAUCCCGCCCCUGCCGAUGCUGGUAACAUCAAACUUUCCUCCAAUGUUUCUAAUUGUAAAGUUGAAGUCCAAAAGCGGAGUCUGAAUGGUGUCUUUUCUCGAGAUCUGAGGAGCAACUGCAAUUAUGUCAAGUCGCUGGAUUUUGAUGUCUAUUUCAACUACAUCAGAAACACGACUGAUAGCGAACGCCCAAACAAUCUGGGGGACCGGGUCACACGUCUAAACGACGCCUUCGGUCCCCUUGGAAUCACCUUCAACUACAAGAGCUAUCAGCAGUGGGCGCCGCCCGAUUCCGGUUCCAACAAAGACUGGUCAAAGGUUAAACAGUCCGAGGAUCGACUUCAACAGUGGCAGACGCAAAGCCACACCGGAGACAUGAUGACGGUGAAUGUUUGGCUGGUCAAUGAUCUUCGAGGCAGUGACAAAAAGGAACUGAAUGGGUACGCCUCUUUCCCGUGGGACAAGAAGGGCACCUUGGAUGGCAUUGUCAUGAGGGAAGACCGCAUCAACAAGGAUGAUGUCCCCAGCUUCAUCCACGAGAUCGGCCAUUGGCUUGGGCUCCGACACACCUUCCGUGAGCCAGUGGACAAUACUGUCGACGAUUGCAAGGCAGCAGAUGGCUUAAUCGAAUCCAGUGUUACAAGUGGUCUCCAAGAUAAAAUGUUUUCUUGCAGCCAGACAACCUGUGACAGUUCCAAAGCCAGGGACAUCAUCAACUACAUGAGUUUCUCGCCGUGCCGCGGCAAAACCCCCGAGGACGGCUUCACCACUGACCAGAAGUCUGCCAUCUACUCGCGGGUGCUGAAAUACCGACGUGGCUACAGGGAGGGAGAGUGCACAGCUCAAUCCAUCGACUCGGGGGAAGCCAAGAAGAUGAAGAAGCGUUCGACUAUGCAGGACCUCGUGGAUGGGCAGUGUCCCAACGUCGGUGCUGCAGUGCAGGAUUUGGAGGCCCAGCCGACGGCCACCAAUCCGGGCGCUCGUUUUACCUCUGGUUCUGUCUAUGCGCUUGCAGCUGUGGCAUGCUCACUGUUCAUCAUCAUUUAG